CAGCCUUGCGCGAGAAGUUCUCAGCCUCGGAACACAGCCCUCUUCUGCUGUCUACAAAUGCCGUGGGAUUUGGAGCUGCUUUCAAUCCACUCCAUCUUAACUCUAAUUUCGGGGGACUUUUCUCUCAUCUAUCUGGUAAUUUCCAAUAUUGCUUCAUUACGAUACGUCUACAGAGCCAAAGUUCAAGGCUAUUAGAGACGAAUGAGCUCAGCUUUCUCAUCCGGCCCCCGACCAAAUACCGUCCUGCACGACGCAUACCCGAGAUCAUACAUCCCGGGCGCUCCGGGACCCAAGCCAAGAAGCCAAGCUAUAUUCAAUUUCGGCUGGUCAGCAGCUUCAGACUGUCAUAGAUAGUCUGGUCUGUACCGCGCAGCUACUACGGUGCAAUGUCGAGCGCCAUUCCUCUUGCACCCCAGCCAACCAAGGUUUCGUCUGUAAGCCAACUGAAAGCAAAACUGCGACGACCAACGAGGAAGCCACCUGUGUCACAAGCACCCUACCGUAACACCAGCAAGACCCGUCACUACAAGAUGCGUCAGUCAUCGCAUCAGAUGAGCGACGAUUCAAGAUCAAGCCCAGACACAGGCGUACCUCAGCCCGGAGUACACCAGAGUACCCCUUCUAGUGAUGGGUACAAUAACCCAUUGCUCCGACUGAGGGAGCAGCGCUAUCCAAGCAAUGGGAAUGCGUCGAUUGCCACAACACUGUACAUCACUGGCCUAGACCAACACAUAACGGAUGCCGAGCUGCGACUCAUCUUGACCAGUGUUGGACUUUCUGAAAGUCUGGAAGACAUCCAAGUAGGAUUGGACAUUCGUUUCAAAGGGUCCAAUUACGGAUUCGUCAGCUAUGUUGAUCCUAGAGCUGCCAGGAAUGCGAUGCGCUUUCUCAAUGGAAAGGUUAUCCACUGUCAGAGACAAAUACGCACCUUUCCCGCACACCGGUUGGAAGAAAACUUGUUCUACGUACCUCCGAACCUGGACCAGGCAGAUCAGCCGACCGUUUGCGAGAUCUGGAACACAAUGAGGGGUGCGAAAGGAACUAGAGGCCGUGGUAUGGGACAGAUGAGGGUUCCUAUUCUGGAAUUGGAGUCAACGUACCUCGAGCUCGAGCAGGGUAUCUCGCAGUUUUUCAGCGUGGGUGACAAGACGACUGAACAUAUGUUUGGUUCUUUGCUGGGCAGAAGUUUGAUUUUGCUGCUUUUGUACUGGGUCCAUGUGUUCCAGCCCCAGCGAUCGAAUGAGCUGGCAGCCGCUCUGUCCACUCCGUCAAAGACACCUUGCUCUGAGAAUUCGGACACGUAUGAUGAGGCGACAGACAGAGAUGUCAAGGAUCUACCAAGCAUUGAAGCUUACAAAAACUCUUUGAAGCAAACAAAGCCUUCCCGCAACCAUCCUUCACCAGAAUCUGAGAUGCCGACGUAUGAUAAAGCUAGUUCUGGCACCUCAAGGGAGCUGCCACACCGCAGCAAGAACAACCCUUCUCGAGAGAGAUCUAUAGAGGAUAAUCAACAACGGGCCCAGCCAGUGGAUAUGGACAUAGAAUCAGCUAUGGGUCCCUCAUUGCGACAGCGAAGAGAUCAACCUUGGAGCCCUUUUUCGUUGAGAGAAGACCCAAGCAUGGAAUCCUCCAUUCCCGGCCUAGCUUCUGAUAUUCAUACCCCGAAGAAAGGUCAAGGCGGAACCUCUCCGACCCAGAAGUCACAAUCAGAGGAUAUCGAAUCACAGACACCGGAUGACCGGUUUCUUAACUUUGUGUACACGCUAAGAGCUGUACGAAGAUUUGUGGACAAAAUUCAAGAGCGGAGAGCAGAAAGACAAUCCCACGACGAAGGCGAAUCAACCAUGGGAGCCGAAGAUGAAUCAUUGCCUCCUGGGACGAUGCCGCCACUCGACAGAUCAGGAACUGAUGACAAGGACGAAAUGGACAGUAAUUGCUGUACAUCUACGACAGAUCCUUCCAUGGCUACUGAGCAGGAGCACUUAGUUGAAGAAAUCCUGUCGCCAAUCAAACGUGAGGUUGUCGACCGGGUGAUGGCCAUGUACGACAAAGCUCUGGAAACAGGCUACGGCCCUCAUAUCGAACUUGCACACUUUAUUGCAGCUGGGGAAACCUCAAGAGCCGGCGGUAACUCAACACAGACCCGGUCCAGUGAUAACUCUCCGAUUGCAACGCGGUUUAAUACAAACCAGCGCGCAAGCGCAGGAUCAAGCCUAAACCAAAAGCGAAAAGCUAAGGAUAGCGGCAACUCAAGAGAUGACGAUGAAGAUGGAAACAAGCGCCCACGACGACCUGGAAUCAAACCCAUUCAAGAAGAGACUUUACGGAAGUGGGCUUGUCCAUACUUUCAAAGGCAGCCCAACAAACCCGUAAAAUCUGCCGCUUGCUUUCAAAGCGGGUUCCCUGAUAUCUCGAAGCUCAAGUGAGUUGGCCUCUGUCAACAAACGAGGCCAGCAAUUCUGAUACAAGGAUUUAGAGAACAUCUUUUUAGAGUCCACCGUUUGCCUGUAAUUUGCCGCAGAUGCCAUAUGACAUUCAAGGACACCAGCGAACUGGAUGCACAUGUCAACGCAGAUGAGAGGUGCGAAAAGGCUGACGAACCAUCUUUCCUUGUGGGAUUUGAUAGCGACCAAGAAAGAGAAAUACGUGAAAGGAUGAGGUCCGCACCUUACGAGGAUAAGUGGAGGGCUAUAUACCGUAUUCUCUUUCCACGGGAUACCGAAUCCAUGAUACCGUCGCCAUUUUGGACAGCGACAAACGUCCUUCAAAAACAACACAUCUCACAAUUCUAUUCUAUAUGCAGAGAUUUCAUUGGCCAAGAGGCGCGACGAAUUUUCCAACAAAG